GAAAAAAAUAAUAAUAAGUCACUGCCUUUACUGCUCCAAUAUUUUUAAAAAUUAGUAUUUUCUUCUGGCAUAUUCUAAAUCAAGCUUGAAUUUUCCCUGCAACUGAGGGUGGAUUACCUUCCUCUCUUUGCAAAAAGAUGAAGAAGAUUAACAAGAAGAAGAAGCAGAAGGAAAGAGAAGAGAGCUUACUAUCAUAUUUUCUAGGGCUUGUCUUCCCCUGUAAGUUUCUUGAUUUCUCCUCUUUGACUUUUGACCUAGUUUUCUUCAGAGAGGGAAUGUCAAAGGCGUACGUAGUAGCAAAAGGGAUGGAUUAUUACCAAGAAAUGUUGGCGUUAGGACAAGACCACACCGGUCGUAUUCGGGCAAGCUCGAGCAGGUCCAGGCCAAGGAAGGUUCGGAUCCGUGAAUACAAGAUUCCGGAUCUAAACGAAGACCCUUGUUUGGAUUUGGAUGAAGAAGAAACAAGAGAGGUGGUAGUAUUCAGACCUCAGGAUGCAGAUUAUUCACAAAACGUUCCUCAGCUUCCUUACGAGCUAGAGGUCGAGAUACUCGCACGCCUCCCGCGUUUCGAGUAUUGGAAACUUAAGUUUCUUAAUAAGCGUUUCUCGCGUUUACUAAAUGAAGGUAAAAUCUUCAAGGUGAGGCGAGACCGCGGCCUGGUUGAACCGUCUGUCUUUAUGCGGUCCCACGGCGACACGAAAUGGACCAUGUUCGAUAAGAACUUCGAGAAUUACCAGGAGGUUCCGGAACUUCCUUUACCUUCCGACAGCUCCUUCUUCCUUGGAGAUAAAGAAUCGCUUUGCGCUGGGACGCAUUUGAUUGUCACUGGGAACGAGGGAGAGAGCAUCGCUUUGUGGCGGUACGAGCUGGAGACGAGCAAGUGGUUCAAGGGCCCCGCAAUGAUCACGCCGAGGAUCUUGUUCGCUUCAGCUACGUGUGGGAGCGUUGCGUUUUUAGCUGGAGGGUUAAAAAUGUACGGAGACACGUCUAAGGAAGUCGUGAAUGAAGCCGAGAAGUACGAUUCGCGGACCAAAACGUGGACGCGUCUCCGUGGAAUGAACAAGAGGCGGCAGUUCUGUUCCGGAUGUUACUUGCGUGGCAAGUUUUACGUCCUCGGUGGUAAGGAUGAGAACGAUAAGAACCUAACUUGCGGAGAACGUUACGAUGAGCUUACGGACAGUUGGGAACUAAUACCAGACAUUCUUAAAGACGUGUCUUUCUCAUCUGUUCAGUCUCCCCCUCUCAUCGCUGUGGUUAAUGACAAUCUUUACUCGCUGGAAACGUCUGGGAACGAGCUCCGCGUUUACGACACAAACGCAAACGCUUGGAAGAAGCUCGGGGAUGUACCUGUGAGAGCUAAGUCUAACGGAGGAUGGGGCGUUGCGUUUAGGUCUCUUGGAGACAAGCUGCUUGUGAUUGGAGAAUCGGUGGGACCUUCCAGGACAGAGACGAUGUCCGUCUACACGUGUCGUCCCUCUGCUAAUCCCGAGGAGAAGCUGCUUUGGGAGGAGUCUAAAGGCUGCUGUGGUGUUAAGCUCAGCCAUUUUAUCUUAAACUGUUGUGUGAUGAUUGCUUAAGGGUCUUUUCUCUGGAGCAAGCAGAAACAAGGGUGGUAACUUUUGUUUUUUUUUAAUGUGUGUUUUGAAUAAUGCAAGUUGUAGCGUCUCCAGACGCUGAGACUUAAUAACUGUUGUGUGGAUUGUCUUUCUUGUUCGGCUUAAACGCCGGCGUGAUUAUGUGAAAAAAAAUAACAAGCUUGUUUAAACAGAGUAAUCCUA